GCGGUGGCAGCUCGGUCGGUGUCAGGUGAUCGGCGCCGAGGAGCCGCCGCCACAGCCCGGGAGGAAGAUGCAAGAUGGCCCAGCGGGGCCGUGAGGGGCUCCGCGGCGCCCCUUCCCCGCCCGCCGCCUGCCCGGCCGGCGGGAAGCGCUGAGGCCAGCGCCGCCGCGCCACAGCCCGUCCCCGGCGGGGGCACCGAGCCAUGGGGCUCUGCUACAGCCUGCGCCCGCGGCUCUUCGGCGACGCCGGCGGCGGCGGCUCCAUCUCCAGCGCCGCCUCGGAGCCCGAAGCGCCGGCGGAGCUUCACGCCGCUCCGCAGCCGCAGCCUCUCGGCGUCCCGCUCCGGCCCGGCGGUAAGCCCGGCGGGGAGGCGGACGGGCCGCCGCUGCUGCUGCUGCAGAACGGCGGCGGCGGCGGCAGUGGGGCGGCCCCCGAGCGGCAGCCGGCGCUGCCCAAGGCCGGCGGCCCCGGCCUUGGUGGCGGGGGGAAGGCGGCGCGGCAGCAGGCGCCGCACCAGCCGCCGGCGCUCCAGAGGACCUGGGAGAAGCUGCGCCUGGAGGAGCGGGAGGCGGAGAAGGAGGCGAGGAAAGUCAGUAAGAGCAUCGACCGGGCGCUCAAGGAGCAGAAGCGGGAGUACAAACAGACGCACCGCCUGCUGCUGCUCGGGGCUGGUGAGUCAGGAAAAAGCACUAUUGUGAAACAAAUGCGAAUCCUACAUGUCAAUGGAUUUAAUUCAGAAGAAAAGAAACAGAAAAUACUGGAUAUUCGGAAAAACGUUAAAGAUGCGAUUGUGACUAUAGUUUCAGCUAUGAGCACUUUAAUACCCCCAGUUCCAUUGGCCAACCCAGAAAACCAAUUUCGAAUGGACUACAUCAAGAGUAUAGCUCCUCUUUCUGACUUUGACUAUACACAGGAGUUCUUUGAACAUGCAAAAAAGCUCUGGGAUGAUGAAGGUGUAAAGGCAUGCUUCGAGAGGUCAAACGAAUAUCAACUGAUUGACUGUGCACAGUACUUUUUGGAAAGAAUUGACAGCGUCAGCAUGGAUGACUACACACCCACAGAUCAGGACCUACUAAGAUGCAGAGUGUUGACAUCAGGGAUUUUUGAAACAAGAUUUCAAGUAGAUAAAGUAAAUUUCCACAUGUUUGAUGUAGGUGGCCAGAGAGAUGAGAGAAGAAAAUGGAUCCAAUGCUUUAAUGAUGUCACAGCUAUCAUCUUCGUUGUGGCUUGCAGCAGCUACAACAUGGUAAUAAGGGAAGACAACAACACAAACAGACUACGGGAAUCCCUGGACCUUUUCAAAAGCAUCUGGAAUAAUAGGUGGUUACGGACCAUUUCUAUCAUCUUAUUCUUGAAUAAACAGGACAUGCUGGCUGAAAAAGUCUUGGCAGGGAAAUCAAAAAUUGAAGAUUACUUUCCUGAAUACGCGCAUUAUACUGUACCUGAGGAUGCAAUACCAGAUGCAGGAGAAGACCCCAAAGUCACAAGAGCCAAGUUCUUCAUCCGGGAUGAGUUUUUAAGGAUAAGUACGGCGAGUGGAGACGGCCGGCAUUACUGCUACCCACACUUCACAUGUGCAGUGGACACAGAAAACAUCCGCAGAGUGUUCAACGACUGUCGAGACAUCAUUCAGAGGAUGCACCUCCGCCAGUACGAACUCUUGUGAGGGGGAUCACCGUGGAACCUGUGGUUUUAAAUUCUUUGCUCCUUACUCUUUCUCUUGAUACUACCCCACACAGGGUGGAAGAAUAUACUAUAGAAAUGUCAGUCUCUUCACUUUGUUUACUUUGAAUUGUUUAACCUUAAAGCUGAUUUGAAGGAAGUUUGGGUUAUUUUCCCUUCAUGCUUUUUGGGACUAUUUUUGUGCUUUAUUUUGACAUGCCACUUCUUCGUCAUUCCACUAAGCCCUUUGGCUACCUCUGUUCCCUUAGGUUUUGUUUUUUUUAAACUGAACGUGACCCGCUAAAUUUUUUCCAGCGGGUUAACCUCAGUUCAGACCGGUAUGUCAGCUGGAUGACACUGAAGUCAUACCUAUCCCUCUGUGUGGGUAUCCUUUUUAACAUGACAUUGAAGAGUACUUGAUGGGUGAAAAAAAGAUUAAUGCACUUUGUAUCAGGUUAUUAAAUACUGUUGAGGAAGUAGACACACAAUGUAGCAGCACCACAAUAUUUAUUACUCUGUCACAGUUUUUAGCAUUUCUGAGUUGCAGGUCAACUGAUAAAGUGACCUCCUCUUUUAAGCCGUUACUGGCACAGGAAGUAGAGUAGAUAAUGAGAGGAACAGUGAAGACAAAGCAAUUUUUCUGGGGUUUUGGAGCUAAGUGUCUCUGCACACCUCAGGCAUUUGAAUUACAGCUACUUUUCAGCCUGUUGCAUCUAGGCAGAAAAUUUACCACCCUCACUUAUGUUAUUUGUGCUGUCCACAAAUGAUCCUUUUAGUUUUGAUCAUUCUUGGACAACAGUCCUCUCCCUAUAUAUAUUUUUUUGUUUUACUGCUGGUUUAUUAUAUUGUACAGACUGUAAAAUGUAAUAUUAUUUUGUACAACUUUAUUGAAGAAAAAUACUUGUAGAAGAUCUUUGUGCCUUGAUUAUGGCUGUACCUGUAAAAUGAGCUAAGAUGUAAGUAUGUUUUUGAUUGCGCUGUACAGCUUGAUGUCAACCUUACCUGCAGCAGUGACUGGAGGUAAGAACUUUAUCUGUAGAGUUUAGGGGUUUUUUUCUGGUUUAUAUAAAAAUGCUCUUUAGUAUAAAAAUUAUAAAUUAUGCAAAUUAACCACUUACCUUUCCAAGUAAGGUAUUACAGUCACCGGAUGUUGCAGCAAACAUGCCUUUUCUCUUCUGAAGUCUCAGCUUUAAAACAUUGGAAUUCAUUCAAGUGUCCAAAUUGCAACCUGGUGUUGUUUUAAUGAGAAACAAGGAAUUCUUUUUCUUUUUUUUUUCUUUUUUUUUUGUCCUUUAUAUUUAGAAAAUAUGUUUGGUAAUUCUUUGGUCAUUCAAAGAACUUCACAAUUGCACAGACCGAUUGUGAAUGUGUAAAGCACCAUUAUAUAGAGCUCUUCAAUCUUUGUACCAACAGCGGCUUUCAUUGUGCAACUAAAUAGCGAGAAAGAAGAUAAGAAAAAAAAAAAAGGUGUAUAAACCCUUGUGUCUGGCCUAAGAGAAUUACAAGAUGACAUUUUUAUUUCUCUUUUAAUAAAGAGACACAUUAGAAAA